UCUCACGUUUUUUAGUCCCUCUCUCUCUCUAAACCUAUACACCGUCGACGUCACCAACAGCGCAGGGAGUCACCGUCAUCGUCGUCCACUCCCAGAACCGCCGCUGCCGUCGCCAGUUAUCAUCAAAUGAUGGUGGAUGACAUACAUCGAGCAGAUUAUUGUAAAAUCACUCCGGCUAAGUUCUCUGGAAGUAAAGAAGUUGUGCCUCUUCACUUUCGAAAGGUUCGAAUAUCCUCAGCCAACAUUUCAGAAACUAAUGAAAGAGCAGGUCAUGGAGCCUUUCUUUGUAUUCCAGGUCUUUUGUGUGGGUUUAUGGUGCUUAGAUGAAUACUGGAACCUAUUAUUCUGCUGUAAUUGAGAACCGUGCUGAUUUUCUUGGUCGCGUAGUGGUUGAUGUUGGCGCUGGUAGUGGCAUUUUGUCAUUAUUUGCAGCCCAGGCUGGUGCAAAGCAUGUUUAUGCCAUAGAGGCUUCUGAAAUGGCCGACUAUGCAAGAAAACUUAUUGCUGGAAAUCCAUCACUGAAUGAAAGAAUUACAGUAAUCAAAGGAAAGGUCGAAGAUGUAGAGUUACCUGAAAAAGCUGAUAUUUUGAUCUCUGAGCCAAUGUAUGGCAGGUGAAAAGAGGGGUAAGAAAACAAAGAAGGCUAACGAGACAGCGGUUCCCCGGAGACCACCAGAAAACCUUGCGAUUAGAAUGUUUGAAUUUUAAUGUUUGGUGGAUUUGUGGAUUUGCGAGGGUGAAGUAGUCUAAUGUUGUAGACUAACUUAGUGUAGACUAGUUUAAUGUUUUGUGGAUGUUUACAAAUGUUGAAGUAGUUUAAUGUUGUUUUGAUGUUCGCGAAGGUUGAAGUAGCUUAAUUAGUGUCUCUUGUGAAUGUUUGAUUGACGUUUUUAUUCAACUUUGAAGUAGUUUCGAAUUGAAUUUGAUGUUUUGGUGGUUGUAAUAUAUGUGUUGUAAUAGUAGCUUAUUGUUUUAUGUAUU